GCGUAUCGGUGGUGAAAAUGAGCACGAAAUAGUCGGGUUCGUGGUCGCGACUCGCAACAAAAGACGGGCGACCGUCGUCGAGGAAGAGUUUUUUUUUUCUGCCUCGUUCCACUUGCGCUCCAUCAUCUCCAGUGAACCUGCGAACCAGCCCACCACAACACACCUCUCAUCAUUGGCUUUCUGUGCGCUCUCUUCUACAUCAAUAUUUUCUUCGUUAUUAUUUUGGUUGUUUGCCGUUUUGCUCCGUUGGAUGACGGUUGGAGUGGAAUGUAGCUCUAAGUAUUGUGCAACGGCGGUUCCAGGGACCAUUUCCUCGCGUAACAUAGCGGCGAAGUAAUUUUCACGGAUCCUGAUAAGGCAGCGCGGAAUGAUGAUGAUGAUCAUACAUGUUGGCGAUGGAGUAAAAAUUGAAAAGUGCGAACAUUGGCAGUGUGGAAUAGCAGUUUCGCUGGAGUGAGCUCCGCAUUUUCUAAGAAAUCAAAUUGAAGAAGAUAAUUGAAGUAAAGCGAAAAUAAAGUGAAAUGGUGAGAAAAAUCGAAUGAAAAUACAGCAGGGCGAAUAUAACAAACCUGAAAAAAUAGUUUCUUGAAUCAAAACAGAUAUUUCCGAGUCCAAGCAAAAGUCAGCGCAGUUUGAUGGACGCAAUUGGCUGGAUAGGACUCGGGAAUAGGAAACGGCAGUAAAGAAUUAUGAGCAAUAACAACGUUCCGCGGUUCCUGCUCCCGGUUGUCACGAAUCCCAACGCAAUUCGUAUUAAUUGUGGCUUUUGUUAUUACAAUUGAAUGAGUGUAAUAAAAAUCGACAGAAGAAAAACGAUGCAAAUCGACGGCUGCUGGAUUGAGGCGGUGUAUCAGGAGUAAUGAUUCGCUACUGUUCAAAUGUUUCCGUAGUGAAGUCGAUGUGUGUUUUCCCUCGGUAUGUGUGACGGCUUGUAGCAGCGAAAGCAUGUGUAGCUUCUCAAUCAAUCCAGCCCCGGUCAGAUAAAGUGAAAUAAGUGAAUCCAAUAAUUAAACUCUCAGUAACAGUACCGGGAUCAGUUCAGUGAGCACGUCAAGUGCGCCAAACUCGUUGCGAAUCGGUUCGUAACCGUUCGCAACUACUACAAAGUGAAAACGGAAUACCCUCUUCAUAGUAGCGGCGCAGAGUGUUUUGAAAUAGUUUUUUAUAUCUACUUUCCACGUGGGUGGUGGUCAGCGCCAUGGACGGCGUAAGGGCAUUGGACAUACUGCAACUGCUGCAGGAACGCUUCGCUCUGCUUUCCGGUGGGCGAGAUAACCGUGGCGGACCGAUUAUCUGCUUCCCGGCGACGACCAAGCGCGAACGGGUCAAGCCCGAGGACAUAAAACGUGUCAUCAGCUAUUUCAUCGGCAUACCAAGCGAAGAAAGCAAAGCCCAUGGGUUCACCAUCAUCAUCGACAUGCGCGGCAACAGCAACACCGCUGCCAGCGCAAAAAUGAUCCUCAAAGUGCUGCAGGAGAACUUCGGCUCGGACAUCAUCCACCAGGCGGUGAUCAUCAAGCCGGACAACUUCUGGCAGAAGCAGCGUUCGUCGAUCGCCAGCAGCAAGUACAAAUUCGAGACCACUACCAUCUCGAUCCAGUCGCUGAACAAAGUGGUGGAACCCUCGCAGCUCACGUCGGACUUCGAAGGUUUCCUGCACUACGAUCACAACAUUUGGAUCGAUUUGCGGGUUGCGUUCGAGGAUUUUCUGUGGCAAGCGAGCGACAUCCUCGAUCGGAUCGACGACCUGCAGGAAGAUCUGCAGCAUUCGGACUUUCCCGAAGAUGUGAACAGUGCCAAGCACAGCAGUGAAAAUCACAACGAAAUGAAGCGGAAGAUUUUAAAGCUCCCGAUUGAAGAUCUGGACCUGCUGGGGCAGAAGCUGUUGGGCAAAUUCACUUCGUAUUCUAAUCGAAACGACGAAAGUUGCCACUCGACGUCGUCACCAUCGAAGUGUCACAAUCCGGAUAUAUCCUCCUCGCUGAAUCAGGUUCUCCAGCAGCUCGAAACGGUUCGGAAUGCUCAACAGCAACUUCUCAGUAUGUGGCAGCACCGAAAGACAACACUGGAUCAGUGUUUCCAGUUGAGGCUGUUCGAGCAGGACUGCGAGAAGAUGUUCGAUUGGAUCCUGCAUAACCGAGAUGUGUUCCAGGAGACGUACGUUGUGAUCGGUCACAACUACACGAUGGCCAAGAAAAUCUUGGAUGAUCAUCAGCGGUUUACCGUCACGUCUCGGAAUGUUUCCUCGAACAUUAAUCGGAUACUGAACGUGGCGGGGAAUCUGAUCGACAGCAACCAUUAUGCCGCCCAGCAUAUCCGCACGCUAGCGACACGGUUGGAUAAAACAUGCAAGGAUUUCGUCACGACGCUGGAGGAGCGUUCGGCGGUACUUUCACUAUCGGUAGUGUUCCACCACAAGGCGGAACAGUAUACGGAUAGCGUGACCAGCUGGGCAGCGGCCUGUGAAGCGACCAUCCCAACGCCCACGAAUGUGGAGAGUUUGGAAACGGCUAUCCGGACGCAUCAGUCGCUGUACGAAGCAAUGUGCCAGGCCUACACGGAAGUGCAUUCCACCAGCAAAAAGCUGCUCUAUCAGUUGGACCAUCUGGUCCAGGUAUGCAAUCAGCCGCCGGCUGUCAAUACGAGGAAGAAUGAUAACAAUCACUUCAACGGUGGCAAUCCGGCGGCUGACUAUAGUGAAGGUGCCUCCCACGUGCUGGCAGUAAUCCACCAAAUACUCGGUCAUCAUCGAGCCCUGGAAAGUAAAUGGCACGCCGGCAAACUGCGGCUGCAUCAGAAGCUUGCUCUCCGUCUGUUCCAGGAGGAUGUAAAGCAGGUGCUCGACUGGCUGCAAAAUCACGGUGAUGUGUUUCUGCGAAAAAAUCGUGGCAUCGGAAAGAGCUUGCAGAAGGCCCGAAUAUACCAAACUAGUCACGAGCAUUUCGAGAAUGUUGCGCAGAAUACCUACAGAAACGCGGAAAAAUUGCUGGCGGCUGCUGAAGAACUGGCUCGUUCCGGUGAAGUGGCUCCGCAGGAGAUUUUCUCCGUGGUAAGGGAGUUGGAAACCAAUGUGGCAUCGUUUGCGGAACGAGUGGAACAGAGGCGAAGACGGUUGGACCUAGCAGUUUUGUUUUACACCAACGAGAAGGAAAUCGCUGUCUGGUCGGAGCAGUUACACACCGAAAUGGCAAACGAAGAAUCAAUGGAACUAGCGAAUGAAACUCUGGAAGGAACUGAGCGAUUACUGGAGCAAUGCAAGGGGCAAGAGGAAAACACUCUGAAAACCUGUAUUCAAGCUAUUGCUCAAGGAGAAGCAUUGCUGCAAGAACUAAGAACCAUCGAAGAGGAGGACUCAUCUGGAUCUCUCACGGCAGUACAGAAUGCACUGGAACGAAUACAGAAAAACCGCCUCGAACUGGAAAAUCUGUGGCAAGCGAGGAAAAUGAAAUUUGACAUGUAUCUGCGGUUGAGAAUAUUCGAACGGGAUGCCCUGGAAGUCAGUUCUCAGCUGGAAAUGUGGGCCGAAGAGUUGCAGCAUACUGAUGUGUCACGGGAUUUCCAGAAAACGGAGCAGGUUCUUCAUCUUCACAACGAAUCGGUAAGCCAGAUGCAGACAACCACUUACCAGAUGAUCAACACCGGUCAGGAACUGAUGCAGCUAUUUGAAUCGUCCGGGGUAUUGAUAAUGGCUGAUCCACAUACAACCGCUCAAACCAGGGUGCAAUAUCUGUUGGAAUUUUUGCAUGAUCGAGAACAGGAUUUGGAGGAUUUAGCCGAAGCUAAGCGAAUAAAGCUGGAACAAUCGAUGCAGCUUUGUCACUUUCAGAACGACGCAAACCAAGUGAUAUCGUGGAUUCGUAAUGGGGAAGCAAUGCUGAUGGCCAAUUUUUCCAUUCCCAAUAGCUAUCAGGAAGCGGAGCAGCUCCGGAAGGAACAUGACCAGUUCCAGGUUGCCAUCGAACGAACCCACACAUCUGCAGUGCAAGUGAAAUACCGCGCCGAUGCCCUGAUGAAUGCUAACCACUAUGACCCGCAAAGUAUAAAGGACAUUGCCGAUGAGGUUACGAAAAAAUGGCAAAAACUAGUCACAUGCGCCGAGGAGCGCCAUAAGCUGGUAACGGCUUCGUUAAACUUUUUCAAAACUGCCGAACAGGUGUGCAGCGUGUUGGACAGUUUGGAGAAGGAGUAUCGCCGCGAGGAGGAUUGGUGUGGGGGCGGCGGCUCGACCGACAAAGGUCAACAAAUAGUGCAACUUAUUUCAAAACACCAAGAGCAGAAGGAAGCCUUCCUCAAGGCGUGCACCUUGGCUCGACGGACGGCUGAAACAUUCCUUAAGUACGCGGCACGAUCGCUGCAAUUUUAUCACAUAAAAACGACUGUAAAUAGUGAAUCUCGCGUUAAGUCAAUACUGGAUAAGCUGCUGACGCAGGAAACGCAAGUUCUCGAAUACUGGACCCAACGGAAAAAACGUCUAGACCAGUGCCAACAGUUUGUUCUGUUCGAGAGAUCUGCUAAGCAAGCAAUCGAAUGGAUCCAUGACACUGGAGAGGCGUAUCUGUCCUCUAGAAACAAUAAACUGUGCAGUAGUAGAGAGGAGACUGAAGUGCUUCUACGUGAGCACAACGAGUUCAAAGGAACGGCUAAGGAAACGCGGGAACGCGUCAAACUGCUCAUCCAACUGGCUGACUCCCUGGUGGAGAAAGGGCAUGCCCAUGCCAGUUCAAUAAAGCAGUGGGUGGCGACCGUGGACAAUCGCUAUAAGGACUUCAGUAGUCGGAUGGAACUCUAUAGAACUAAUUUAGAAAAAUCGCUUGGCCUACCUGGUAUUCAGCAACAAGAUGACAAUAAUAGUAGUAGUAGUUGUAACAGUAGCAACAGUAGCCUUAGCUGUAAAUCCAUUUCCUCGUCAACGACGUCCGUCUCGACGGCAUCUUCCACUAGUGGCAUUUCUUCCGCUUCUUCCACAACGGCAACUGGUAAUUCUGUGCUUGAGUAUCGCCAUUCCGAUCCCUCGCUGGAGACAAAGCUCAAUGCGGCUGCUGCGGGUCCCGGAGCGGUCGGUGUUCCCAAAGAAAUGAACGAGGAGAAACGAAAGUCUGCUCGAAAAAAAGAGUUCAUCAUGGCCGAACUGCUGCAAACCGAGCGGACCUACGUCAAAGAUCUCGAAACAUGCAUCAAUGUGUUUGUCAACGAACUGAAAAGCGGUGUCAACGUACCGCCCAACCUACUAGGCAAGGAACACAUUCUGUUUAGUAACAUCGUAGAUAUUUAUCAAUUUCAUGAGAAAAUAUUUCUCAAAGAGCUAGAAAAAUACGAAACCAUGCCGGAAGACGUGGGCCAUUGCUUUGUCACGUGGGCAGCAAAGUUCGAUAUGUACGUGUAUUAUUGCCAGAACAAACCUCAAUCCAACGACUACAUGGUUCAAUUCGGCGGAACCUACUUCGACGAAGUGCAACGAAAACACAAACUCGAACACUCACUACCGGCUUUCCUCAUCAAACCGGUGCAACGAAUCACCAAAUAUCAGCUGCUGCUGAAGGAUCUCCAAUCGUGCUGCGACGAAGGCCAGGGCGAAAUCAAGGACGGCCUCGAAGUUAUGCUGAAUGUGCCGAAGAAGGCGAACGAUGUGAUGCAUUUGAACCUGCUGGAAGGGUGCGAUGUACCGUUCGAUAAUCUGGGAGAUGUUGUCUUGCAGGAUUCAUUCCUGGUGUGGGACAAUAAGCAAAUUCUGAUCAAGAAAGGACGCGAGAGGCACGUUUUCUUGUUUGAGCUGUACAUUCUGUUCUCGAAGGAGGUGAAAGAUACCAAUGGAACGGUGAAGUACAUCUACAAGAGCAAACUCUUGACGUCUGAUUUUGGCGUCACGGAGCACAUUGAGGGCGACGAGUGCAAGUUCGCCAUCUGGACCGGUCGGGCGCCAAUGCUGUCCGACUACCGGAUAGUGCUCAAAGCCACCAGUCUCGAAACCAAACAGAUGUGGGUGAAGAGACUGCGCGAGGUGAUACAGGAAACGUACUUCUCCGGCACGUCAUUCUCGCUGCUGAAAUCGCCGGCCAAGGUCGGCAACAAACCGCUCGGCCAGCGUCUGUCGAAGGACAUCGAUGAUACGCUUAACGAUAAUGACCAGGACGGAAGCUCGCUGGCAAGCUUCGGUUCUGGAAACACCACCGACAGCGAAAAGGGUGGACUAGCGGAGGUGACGUGGGUGAUAGCGGACUACAAUGCCACCCAGGGCACGUCGGAACUGACGGUGACCAAGGGCGCCCAGGUGGAGAUUUUGGACAUGAACUGCUCCGGGGCGCCCGACUUUUGCCUAGUCCGGUUACCGAUCAAUUCGACCGACAGCCAGGAGGGUCUGGUGCCGGUCACGGUGCUCAAACCGUUGCCGUCGUCCCACAGUAAAAUCAACAACAAGCAGCGCGAUGCGGACGCGCUAGGAGAAGUACCCCAAGAAAAUGACUGCAUUUUGCCAAAUCAACACACAUCACCGGUCAACAAACGAAAGGGCUUCAGUGGGAAAAAAUGGCUUCCGACUCAGUUCCGUAAACUGUCGCAUAACAAGUCGGACAAACUGCCUCCUGUGGAGAAAACACUCAUCAGUAAAAAGGGAUCAGAUAAGAAAACGAAGGACAAACCACUGGAGGAACCGGAAUCAGCCACGACCGUCUCGCAGACCGAUCUGGAAGCCGAAGAGGAGCCCACGAUCGAGCUGCCACCGCCCAUGAAACCGAUCCAGGACGCAACCACGACGCUGUCCGGCACCCCGUCGUCCACCUUAUCCUCGAACGAGGAUCAAACCUGUACUAGUGCUAAGAUAACGAAAGCUUUAUCACUCAAAUCGUUGGAGGAACCUCCGGCGGCGGUGAACCAGACGGCCGAUGUGGCGGAGAUCGAGAGGAUAGUUAAGGAAAAAAUGCAAAGCUUCAAAUACCUGGAGAACGACGCAGCCAUCACAAGCAACAGUAUUGCCGAGGGGGGUAGUAGUAGUAGUAUGGGUGGAAACGGUCCAGGGCUGGACGAUUCCACCAUUGGGGUGCCAUCAGUAAGUAACGGAGGGGUUGGGGGCAGCAGUAGUGUAGCUAGCGCAGUCAUUGGUAGCGCGGCGGCCUAUAUCAAGCCGCCCAUAUCGCCGCAGUAUUUUGAGAGUGAGAACUUGGACGAGAACCUGGCGGACGAGCAGGGUAUCGAGGAUAUUCUUCGGAAGCGGAUGUUUGCUUUGAAGGAACUAGUCGCCACCGAGGAGGCGUACGUCAACGACCUGUCGCAGAUAGUCAAUGGCUACAUUGCCGAGAUUCGAAAUCCCAGCAGCAGUGUGCUAAUCCCGGAUGACCUCAAGGGUGGCAAAGAGCGGAUGGUGUUUGGCAAUAUUGAAGCAAUCUACGAAUGGCAUCGAGAUCACCUUUUGAAGUCGCUCCAAAAGUGUCAGCAAAACCCGCACGAGCUCGGACCGCUAAUUAAGCGGAGUGAGCGGAAGUUGCACAUGUAUGUCGUGUAUUGCCAGAACAAGCCGGUGUCGGAGCACAUCGUGCAGGAACAUAUGAGUUACUUCGAUGAAUUACGCUUAAAAUUAAAAUAUAAAUUAUGUUUAGGAGAUAUGCUCAUUAAACCUGUCCAAAGAAUAAUGAAGUACGAGUUACUGUUGAAAGAUAUCCUGAAGCAUACUCAGCGGGCCGGUCUCACCGAGGAAAUUCCAGGAUUGAAAGACGCAAUGCAUAUAAUGCGAGUAGUUCCUAAGGCAGCCAACGACAUGAUGGAUGUCGGCCGGUUGCAGAAAUUCGAGCAGGGUAAGAUAACGGCACAGGGUAAGCUGCUGCUGCAUGGUCCGCUUUACUGUGUCGAAGGUGCCAGUAGUAGUGAUAAGAAUUCGUAUAACACCCAGAAGCCGAAAGAGCUGCAUGUGUUCCUGUUUGAGCAGAACAUCAUCUUUGCGGAGAUAGUGGGCAAAAAGACGCAGUUCACGAGCCCCAGCUAUAUCUACAAGGCGCACAUACAGGUGAACAAGAUGACCCUGCAGGACUUAUCCGACCAAACCAAUGGGAAUCGGUUCUCGCUUUGCUCAAUCGAUCCGCAGCGCUCCAGUCUUAGCUUUAUCUGCACCGCGCCAACGAUCGAGCUGCACAACGAGUGGCUCAACACAAUUCGCAACAUUCUGCAGACGCAGAACGACUUUCUAAAAGCAAUACAAAGUCCUAUCGCCUACCAGAAGGAACUGACAAAGGACUCUUAAAUACCAACCAACCAACCAACCAACUCGUAACAAACAUUCAUGCUGCAGUAAGCGUGAUGACUUUAUCGAUGUAAGUGACGUCAGAAAUUAUCUAUUUACAAUCAGCAUCUGGAAAAAAAGGAUAACGCAGGCCAUUUUGGAUGAAGAUCCGGUGAGGUACACGAGUUUCAAACGGUUUGAUUUUAUACAAAAGCUCCCUGCCGCAAUGUACGGAGCAGUAUUGACACCAGACAGAAGCGGACAAAAUGCUCACAUUUUAAACCCAAAUUUGAGCGAUGGAAACCAAAUUCAAAGCAGAACAACAACCUACAAAUUUUAGGUAAGCCACAAUGUAUGAAUAAUUUGUAAUUAAAGUAAAUGAAUAUACAGAAAACAAGUAUAACAAACAUCAAUAUACAGACAAAAAGUGAUGAUCAAAACGUUUAAACAAAAAUCUAAAUUGAUAACAAAAUGGGAACGCUUACCAAAAAUUAACGGUUUGUGAACAUCGCGAAUAUGAAGCAUAAUAAGAAUAAUAUAGCAAACAAAAAUCUACAUUUAUAUUACAUUCGUGAAAGAAACAGAAAAAAAACACAAAACAAACAACAGCUAGUAUAAUUGAACAGCAACAAGAAGGAAAAGGAAACUAUCAAACGUGGGUAAUGAAAUAUAUUUUAUUGACUUUACUAUAUUCAGCAAAACCUAAACAAAAAUUGUGAAUAUCAUGCAAGAGCAACACAAACUAGAAGAAGAUAAAACAACCGCAAGCAGUUAUAAAUAGGCUAAGAGACAACAUCGGGCAAACCACUUUUUCAAUUCGGAUAUGAUCAACUACAGAAAGAGCGGAUGAAUAGGAAGAAAUGAUUUGGGAAACAAAGCUGCAUACACACAUACAAACAAUAGGAAACAGCAAAAAAGUAACCCAAACUAAAAAGAACAUAUUUUUCGAUCGUUUUGAAACAUGUAGUAGAAUUAUUACCAUUGAUUGAAGUUUAGUCCGACAUAUUAGUUUUUAUGAUAGGCAAACAAGAAAACAGAUUUUACGCGGGGGUUAACAUUAUCAGGAUUUUGUGCGAGGGAUUGUGCUCUGCUCAUAACUGCGGGUGGUAUGCAGGGAAAUACUUCUGAUGGCGGAGAAUGCUUUAAGUUUUAGCGCACUUUUGUUCGAUAUGUUGGUUUCAAUAUGAGCAGAAGCUAAGGUGAGAAAGACGCCUUAAUGCUAUCACAGAGUUAGGUAAAUGAUGAAAAAUGGUAACAAAAAGUGGUGAUGUAGAUAUUUUUGCAGAUUAUUUUUGUUAGCAUUUUUGAUCAUUCGCUAAGGUAAUGUACACAAACUAUUGAUCUCCAACUUAUGGUUAGAUGGCUGGUUCUGCUAAUUAUUUCCUUAUUAUUUUUCUCCGCACUACCAUUGCUCCGUCAAUGUGCUAAUGGACUUCCAGAAAAAAAUGUCAGCGAAAUCAAAUUUGCGGUCACUAUCAAAACAUCCAAAACGACGUAUGAAAUACAUAUCCAAUUAAAACUUCGCUUAUUACACGAGCAGAGUGACGGGAGAAUUAUUGAUUCAGCAAUUUAGGCUGACUCGACUGCUUUCAAUAAUUUACACCUUAUUCGACUUUCCUCUUAAAAAUAUUAAGCUUUGUAGAACUGACAGUUCAUAAGCGUGAAACUUGCGGCGACGCGACGUAUGGUGAUGAUAUUGUAGAAGAGCCUGUCGACGCCACCGUUCUCCUAAGGCCUUUGAUUCCGUUCCUCUGGGGAUGACAAGGCCUAUCGAAGCUCCUGGGCCAACGUUUGUCGCCGAAUGAUCUCGAGUAGUUACUUGGUUUCCAAAGGAGAACACUUUCGCUACCGGCGACUUUUUGAAUUGCUUUCAGCUACUUUUUUCUCCAGUCAAGGAGAGAAGUUUUCACUUAAGCAAUGAACUAAUUACCUUCUAUUAACACUGAACUAUUUACCUGCACUUAGUCGGGAGUUGUUCGGAUUCAUUCACGAGAACCCUGGAGUGAGUUUUGAACUUGAUUUAUUUGAGGCAAUAUGUACAAUAUGGGUCUUAAUACUACAUGGUGUAACAUCGAUAUGUAUAUUAAAUAAUGGUUUUAUUUCAGCUGGUAUUUUUCCGAAUCCCUUUCAAUACCAGCUUUUUAGUCUAUUUCCCUACUGUAAUUUAAAAAUAAUACUAUGGCCUCAUAAGGGCUAAAUUUUAUUAUCAUUUUCCUAUUUGCUUAUGGCAUUUCCAGAUCAGGAGAAGAUUGCAACACAUUUGUAGAGCUUAACGUAUCCUUGCUAAAGGAUAAAGAGAGAUGGAUAAUUUAUGCACGCGUGUGUAUUGCGUGGGCGUGUUUUUCUUAUCUCAUGCGCUGUCUCAAACUAACAUCUGCUUAGCAUAGAAAAUGUUAUGCAAAGGAGAGGGUUCGUUUUUUCUCUACUUUUCAUUUCAUUUUCUUAAGAAUUGUAUCUGCAUCUAGUCCGGACCAGAACUUGCCAGUUCGUUCUGAUUUUCAUUCGAAAUUAAUUACCUCGCGUCUACAGAGCCUGUUUUGGGUUUGUCGUAUUCUUCUUUGAUAUUUGAUUAUAUUCUCCAGAAUAUCAAUUCUUAAAAUGUAGACAAUUUUCCAGAAUGUUCUGUAUUUUCUAGGACCAUAAAUUUAGACAUACAAUGGUACAUGUAGAAGUCCUACCUACCUACUUGGCCGUUGUACUUCUUUGUUGUUCGGAUUAAAACCGAAUGUGAAGACAUAUGUAUGCCAGAUCACUCGUUCUUGGGCCGCCAAUAAUCGUCAGUCUACCUUCACACCGGCCACACGCGCCUUUUCCUCAAUUUCAGACCGCCAGCGAGUGCAGAGUUUAACCCGGAGUCGAUAUCCUCUUUCAAGUUUGAUGCCGAAGAGCCGUUUGGCUGACCGGUUGAAACUUUCAUAUACGAUGGGCUGUUUGGCUUUUUACUACUACUUUUUUGCCUUAUUCCGGGCAAAUGCGUACCUCUAAAGGAGUAAUCUACUCUUUUGCCUCAUUCCGGGCAAAUGUGUACUUGUAAAGAAGUAGUCAUUUUUACAUUUUUGCUUCAUCCCCGGCAAAUUCGUACUUUAAAAAAAGGAGUCAUCUACACACCCAGUUUUUAUUUCUGCAGCUCGGCAAAAAUCCGCACAGCCGUGCGCUGCCGUCAUACGCAUAUUUGUCCCAUGUUUGCUGGGAUUUCCUAUAUACAUGGGACAAGUAUGCGUAUAACGGCAGUGCGCCAGCAAGAUAAAUAACUGAUAUUCCGGCAAAAACUGCGUUUGUUAGCUGAAUUUCGGCAAAUUAUUUGCUGAUUAUCAGCAAUUUUGACAGAAAUCUCGGCAAAAAACAUGUUUGCUGGGGCACGGCUGUGCGAUUCUCGGUAAAAGUUCAACAUUUUGCUGAGAUCCCGGUAAAAAAAAAAUAAGUGUGUACUCUUUUGCUUCGUCCCGGUCAAAUGCGUGCAUUUAAAAAAUUAGUCAUUUCAAGACAAUAUUUUCAAAACGACUUAUCUGCUUUUGUAAACAUGUAUUUAAUAUUCAAACGAAGAUUUCACGAAUCUGAUAGCUCUCCCACUCCAACCAACACCAUCAACAGGUAGCGGAAACCUUCACAUACCUAUUGGUGGUGUUGGUUUGCGUGGGAGGGCUUUCAGAUUCGACGAUUUGUUUGAAUCUUUGUUUACAAAAGCAGAUAAGUCGUUUCGAAAAUGUUGUCUUGAUUUACUCUUUUGCCUUAUUCCGGGCUACUUUUAAAGAAGGAAUCAUCUACUCAUUUGCCUUAUUCCGGGCAAAUGCAUACUUUUAAGUAUGGGUCAUCUACUCUUUCACCUUAUUCCGGGCAAAUGCGUACUUUUAAAGAAGGGGUCAUUUAUUCGCUUGGCUUAUUCCGGUCAAAUGCGUGCUUUUAAAUAAGAAGUCAUCUACUCUUUUGUCUUAUUCUAGGUAAAUACGUACUUCUAAAAACGGAAAUCAUAUAUUCAUACGAUUAACCUUUCUUGUACCAAACGGCCCAUUGUAUUUAAUACAUUUUUUCAAGGAUUAUGCCAAAUGGUCGUUAUGCUAAAUGGCCUUUAUGCCAAAUGGCCUUUAGACAUUUAAAUCGUUAUGCCAAAUGGCAUUUUGCCAAACGGCCUUAUGAACUUACUUUUGAUAUAGGAGGAGAUCCUCCAGUGUCGGUCACAUCAGCUAUUUUACGAAAAACUUUCUAAUUAUCUGGAUUAUGUUUACUUGAAUACUAUAUACACAAAACUUGAUCAUUGAUGAUUCAUUUAAACAAUAUUUGACAAUAAGAAACACGAAUACAUCACUCUUUUAGUAAUUCAUUGCUGGUCGACUGAUGUUGAGGCGUGAUGCUCGCUGGUUGGUGCUCUAUUGGUUUGUAUUGGUUGUAUUGAUAACUCUUUUUUAAUGUACGCAUUUGUCCACAAUAGACAAUAGAUAAUAGAUUACUCCUUAUACCCGAAAUAGGGCAAAAUGAGCGGACGAUUCUUUCUUUUGAAGCACGCGUUUAUCCGGAAUGAGGCAAAUUAGGUCCUAAAACGAAAAAUCGAUUUUCGAUUUUCUUUCAGGAAACAAUGAAGUUAAUCAUCCUGAAC